UGAGAAAUUAUGUGAAAAUAAUUCUCAUUUUAUUUCAGAUGUCUCAAGAAUCAAGUCUGCAUCACAGGAUGCUGAUCGCCGCACUGAUUGUUUUUACCCAAGACUUGAGCCGCGGAGGAGGAGCGCAGGCAUGGACCUACAGCUACAGCACCACCCCAAACCGGAGAUGGCAUGAGGCCCGCAAGUGGUGCCACCAGCACUUGACAAACAUGGUAACCAUCCAGACCCCGGAGGAGACUGACUUCAUCAACAACCUGCUGCCAUUUAACCAGAAAUAUUACUGGAUAGGCAUUCACAAAGUGGAUGGAGUGUGGACCAGGGAAGGAAACAAUGAGACUGUGCUAGAGGAUGUUCAGAACUGGGCGCCAAAGGAGCCAGAUAACAUUGUGGGUCAGGACUGUGUGGAGAUUUACAUUAAGAGGGAUAAAGACACAGCCAAGUGGAACAAUGAAAAAUGCCAAAGUAAGAAGGGAACUGUCUGCUACUCAGCCUCUUGUACACAGGAUUCCUGCAGUGCCCAUGCAGACUGUGUGGAGACCGUGGGGAACUAUACUUGCCAGUGUCAUCCUGGUUUCCAUGGGCCACGCUGUGAGGAGGCAAUCGCAUGCAAACCCUUGCUGGAACCAGAACAAGGUUCUCACUACUGUUUUCAUCCCUAUGGGUCCAAUCGUUUCAACUCUUCCUGCCGUUUUCACUGUGAACUUGGCUUUCGCUUGUUAGGCUCGCCCCAACUGUUGUGCCAAACCAGUGGGCAUUGGAACAACCCAGUUCCUCUGUGUCAAGUUGAACAGUGCCCAGUUCUGAACCACACUAACAUCAGUGGAGGUGGUAUGAACUGCAGCCACCCCAUCGCUCCUUACAGCUACAACUCCACCUGUGAGGUCAGGUGCGAUGAAGGCUAUGAGCUCAGUGGAGGGAGCCAGAUGCGUUGUGAACACACUGGGCGGUGGACUGCCAGUGUCCCAGCAUGUACAAUAAAAAAGUGCUCCCCCAUUUUCUCUCCUGUCACGGGCAACGUGACGUGUGUGGACACUCUGGAGCCUUUCUCCUUUGGCUCACGGUGUAACUUCAACUGCCAGGAAGGCUACAACCUGACCGGAGACAGCACGCUCACCUGUCUGGCUUCAGGACAAUGGAGCAAAGCUACACCUACAUGCACUGUGGUACAGUGCAACAGUCUGGAGGCUCCACCCCAUGCCUCCGUCCAAUGCCAGGACCCUUUAGGAGUGUACAGCUAUGGCUCAAUAUGCACCGUGCAAUGUGAAGAAGGAUUUGAUCUGAUUGGCACAAACAUGACACAAUGUUCUUCACAGGGCAGCUGGAGUCACACACUUCCUGUCUGCCAGGCUAAGAAGUGCAAUCCCAUAAAUUCUCCCCCUCAUGGCUCCCUUUCCUGUUCUGACCCACAUGGUUCCUUCAGUUUUGGUUCACGUUGCAUGACAACAUGUGAUGAGGGUUUUCUCCUGAAUGGGACAGCCAACGCUGAGUGCACCUCUCUGGGCAUGUGGAGCGCCGACAUCGCACACUGCUCGGCUAAAAGAUGUCCCGCUCUGAACUCCACUACAUAUGGCUCCUUAUUUUGCUUUGAUCCACAUGGAGAGUUCAGUUUUGGUUCUCAGUGUACGUCAACUUGUGAGGAGGGUUUUCUCCUGAAUGGGACGGCCGACACAGUGUGCACCUCUCUGGGCACGUGGAGUGCAGACAUCCCACAUUGCUUGGCUAAGAGAUGCCCCACUCUGAACUCCCCCCCCCAUGGCUCCUUUUCCUGCUAUGAUCCUCAUGGAGAGUUCAACUUUGGUUCUCGGUGCACAUCAACCUGUGAGGAGGGUUUUCUCCUAAAUGGGACAGCUAACACAGAUUGCACAUCUGUGGGCAAGUGGAGCAGAGACGUCCCACGUUGCCUGGCGAAAAGAUGUCCCACUCUGAACUCUCCCCCUCAUGGCUCUUCAUCCUGCUCUGCUCCCCAUGGAGAGUUCAGUUUCGGUUCUCGGUGCACGUCAGCCUGUGAGGAGGGUUUUGUCCUGAGUGGGACGGCUGACACAGAGUGCACCUCUGUGGGCACGUGGAGCACAGACACCCCACGUUGCUUGGCUAAGAAAUGUCCUUCUCUAAACUCUCCCGCUCAUGGCUCUUCCUCCUGCUCUGAUCCUCAUGGAGAGUUCAGUUUCGGUUCUCGGUGCACAUCAACCUGUGAGGAGGGUUUUGUCCUGAAUGGGACGGCUGACACUGAGUGCACCUCUCUGGGCACGUGGAGCACAGAGACCCCACAUUGCUUGGCACGUCCAUGCCCCCUACUGGCCGAAGCUCCACAACACGGGAGGAUGAACUGUAGCCAUCCAUUCUCCCCAUUCAGCCUCAACUCCAGCUGUGGCUUUGAAUGUAAUGAGGGUUUCUGGCUGAGGGGGACACCAACAAUGACAUGCAGAAACUCAGGCCACUGGAGUCAGGAUCUACCCACUUGCCAGCCGGUACAGUGUGAGACCAUCCCAGCCUCGUCUUUACCCCUGUCUAUGAACUGCUCCCACCCUCUGGGGCAUUUCAGCUUUGGCUCCCAGUGUCUUUUUACCUGUACAGGUGGAUUCUCCCUGAAUGGCACUGAUGUGCUGCUUUGCUCCUCUGCUGGGUUUUGGAGUGACAGCCUUCCUAACUGCACGGAAGCUACUCCGGUGGGGGCUGCCAUGCUGAUGAACAGUGGAGCCGGGGCAGCCUCUGUUCUUGUGCCACUUCUCCUGAUAGGACUGGGUUUUUUGGCUUUGUUCAUUUUGACACGAUCUAAGAAAAGAGGACAUGCAAUCACGUAUGACGGGCCAUCGUGGGAAGAAAGAGAGAACCCAGCAUUUGAGUUUUGAUUUUUGAUUUUCUUUUUGUUCUUUCUUGAGACUUCUGAUUUUUGCAGCAAAUCAUUUCAAAUACUGAAACCACUUAAUGCUUGCUGUUAUUAUUAUUAUGUGAGGCUUGAUGGCAGGCUUUAAAUUUAUUUAACCAAGCAAUUGCUGUAUACUUUGCAUGAAAAGCUUCACCUUCUGUUAUACUUAAAGAAAUCAAAAUCAUGCAUGGUAGAUGUACAGUACAGCUUGUGUGCAGCUUUUACUCCUUUCCAGUUUCCUGCUUCCUGCAUCUCGUCUUGUCACUUAAAUUGUCAAUAAAUUAUAAUCAUCCUUGAAA